CCCCUGCUGAUUGGCUGAGGGCGGCCGGGGGAGUUCCCGCCCCCUCCCCUCCUCCUCACUCCCGGCUGCUGGGACGUUCUGAGCCCGGGGUGCGGGCGGUGGCGGAGCGCACGGUACCCGUGUCAUCAUGUCAGUCAGCGUCCACGAGAACCGUAAAUCCCGGACUAGCACCGGCUCCAUGAAUAUCUUACUUUUCCACAAAGCUUCCCACCCGGACUGCGUAUUGUCCCACCUCAACACUCUCCGGAAACAUUGCAUGUUCACCGAUGUCACCCUCUGGGCCGGGAACAGAUCCUUCCCGUGCCAUCGGGCCAUCCUGGCUGCCUCCAGCAGAUACUUUGAGGCCAUGUUCAGCAAUGGUCUCCGGGAAAGCCUGGAUGAUGAGGUGAAUUUCCAUGACAGCCUCCACCCAGAGGUGCUGGAGCUUCUGCUGGACUUCGCAUACUCCUCUCGCAUCAUCAUCAAUGAGGAGAACGCGGAGUCCCUGCUGGAGGCCAGCGACAUGCUUCAGUUCCACGACGUCCGCGAUGCAGCGGCCGAGUUCCUCGAGAAGAACCUGCACCCCUCCAACUGCCUGGGCAUGAUGCUGCUCUCGGACGCUCACCAGUGCCGGCGGCUCUACGAGCUCUCCUGGAGAAUGUGCCUGGUCAACUUUGAAACCGUGCACAAGAGCGAGGACUUCAACAACCUCUCCAAGGACACGCUGCUGGACCUCAUCUCAAGCGACGAGCUGGAGAUCGAGGAUGAGGAGAAGGUCUUCAAGGCGGUCCUCCAGUGGGUGAAGUACGAUUUGGAUGAACGGCGGGUUCACCUCCCAGAGCUGCUGAGAAACAUGCGUCUAGCCUUACUGCCUUCAGAGUGCCUCAAGGAAGCCAUGGCUUGUGAGAACUUGAUCAUGGCCGAUGAGAGUAACAAGGUCAUCUUGGACGAGGCUAUUCGCUGCAAGAAGAAGAUCCUCCAGAAUGACGGGGUGGUCACCAGCCUCUGCGCCCGGCCUCGCAAAGCUGGGCAUACCUUGCUGAUCCUGGGCGGCCAGACCUUUAUGUGUGACAAGAUAUAUCAAGUAGAUCGCAAAGCCAAGGAGAUUAUUCCCAAAGCAGACCUGCCAAGCCCAAGGAAAGAGUUUAGUGCCUGUGCCAUCGGCUGCAAAGUGUACAUCACUGGCGGGAGGGGCUCUGAGAACGGGGUCUCAAAAGAUGUCUGGGUGUAUGAUACCGUGCACGAGGAAUGGUCCAAAGCUGCCCCCAUGUUGAUAGCUCGGUUUGGGCAUGGCUCAGCUGAACUGGAAAACUGCCUGUAUGUGGUCGGUGGCCAUACUGCAGUGGCUGGCGUCUUCCCUGCCUCUCCCUCUGUCUCCUUGAAGCAGGUGGAGAAGUACGAUCCCACAGCCAACAAAUGGACCAUGGUGGCCCCAUUGAGGGACGGAGUCAGCAAUGCUGCAGUGGUGAGUGCCCGGCUCAAGCUUUUUGUCUUUGGCGGGACUAGCAUUCACCGGGACAUGGUCUCCAAGGUGCAGUGCUACGACCCCGCUGAGAACCGGUGGAUGAUCAAAGCAGAGUGCCCCCAGCCCUGGCGCUACACAGCAGCUGCUGUCCUGGGCAGCCAGAUUUUCAUCAUGGGAGGUGACAGUGAAUAUACAGCGGCAUCCGCCUACCGCUUUGACUGCGAGACAGACCAGUGGACUCGCAUUGGGGACAUGACUGCCAAACGCAUGUCGUGCCACGCAUUAGCCUCGGGGAACAAACUGUACGUGGUGGGAGGAUACUUUGGGACUCAACGGUGCAAAACACUGGACUGUUACGACCCUACCUCAGACACGUGGAACUGUAUAACAACCGUGCCUUACUCGCUCAUACCCACGGCUUUCGUCAGCACGUGGAAGCACCUGCCAGCCUGAGAGGUGUUGGCCCACAAGCCCAACCAGAUGCCAGCGUCAUGUUCACUUCCCUCUCUGCCGGAGCCUGCAACAGUGACCGACUACCGCUGCGUAUGCAGGAUCUUUUGUGGCCUGUCCCUGGCACCGGGACAGCACGAGGGCUGACCUAGGGACUAAACUGCCCCAUGUGGGCUGGGACGGGAAGCUUCGUGAAGCUGCUAGUCUAGCUGCUGUGUGAUCAAGCGACCGAAGGAAAGUGGAGGAGGUGCCGGUUUGCAAUCCUGUGGGGUUACAGCCAUGCUCUGCUAGAGCUCUUGCCUGCAGUUGUUGGGUGGGGAGGGAAGUGGGCCUGGGUUUGAUACGCCGAGAAGCAUGGACAUUGCUUUAAGCCUGUCUGGUAGCAGGAGAUGGGAGUGAUGGCCAUGCCCUGGGGUAGCAGCGUAAGCAGAGCUGGCUGGAAGAGUAAGGCCGCCAGUGCCAUCUGUGCCCUCCGUAGAUUGCAGUAGGCUCCCGUGAUGGUUUUCCUGUGUGUGUAGGAGCACAUAGCACAAUAAUCUCAUUAGGUGCUUUCUUUGUACUGGGUUGGGGAAAAAGGGCAGUUUCUACAUUUUUAUUUAAAGCAGUGAAUGUUGCCAAGUGCUUUAUAUUGGGGGCCACUGCUGUUUAGCUGACUGACUUGUUUUAAAAACCUGGUGGGCGAGGGGGGUGGGAAUGGUUAUGGACUGUGGAUGGGGGAGGGAUUGGGUAAUUCAGCUCUGGGCUCACUAUGGGUUAGAAACUUUGCUGUCUGCUGAGCUCUUCUGCUAUGUCAGUGCCAUGCCAGGGCAAGGCUACUGCAGCAAGGUGACCCAAAUACCAGCUCCCAUUGCCCUGCAGUGAAGGCAGCCACUGAAACUUAAAUUGGGAGCCCCGACUCCUAAUGAAGACAGCCCAAGCAGCCAAUAGACCAGUGAUGUGAGGCAGGGGCUUGUUGUUUUGAAAUUGGGAGCAUUUGCCAUGCACAUGCACCUGCCUUCUGUUUGCAGCCUGGCAGUGUGCUGCACACAGCUGCUGCAAAGAGAUUUUGCACCCCAGUAAUGUGCCAAAAUACUAGGAUGUGUGUUAUGCUUCAAACUUGCUGCAUCUUCACAGUGUUUCCCCGAACACUUGCACAGAUGGAAGCGGUGCUAGCAAAUGAGCAGGAACAUAGGAUUUGCUGUUUCCACACCUGAUUGUCA